AUCCGUCUGCGCCUAGUGCAUGUCGUGAGGGGAAACAGAGAGUCCAUGUGUAGUAGUUACAGGUUCUGCAGAAAUUCAGAAUGAGGGAAACGCCGCUGUCCAAUUGUGAACGACAGUUCCUCCUGACAGCCAUAAAAGAGAAAAAGCGCCUAGAUGGAAGACAAACGUAUGAUUACAGAAAUAUCAAGAUCACCUUUGGUACACAGUAUGGAUGUUGCAUUGUUGACCUUGGAAAAACAAGAGUGUUGGCUCAAGUUUCCUGUGAACUUGUCGCUCCGAAAGAAAAUCGCCCAACAGAAGGAAUUCUCUUUUUCAACCUGGAGCUAUCACAGAUGGCUUCCCCUGCUUUUGAACCUAGCAGGCAGUCUGAGUUACUUGUGAAGUUAAACAGACAACUUGAGAGGUGUCUGAGGAAUUCGAAGUGCAUAGACACGGAGUCGCUGUGUGUGGUGUCGGGUGCGAAGGUGUGGCAAGUCCGAGUAGACGUGCAUGUGUUGAACCAUGAUGGUAACAUCAUGGACGCUUCCAGCAUCGCUGCAAUCACAGCCUUGUGUCACUUCAGAAGGCCUGAUGUCUGCGUCCAAGGAGAGGAGGUCACUGUGUUCACCCCAGAAGAGAGAGAUCCAGUUCCAUUAAGCAUCUACCAUAUGCCCAUUUGUGUCAGUUUUUCAUUCUUUGAGCAAGGGACCUAUUUGUUGGUGGAUCCCUGCGAACGUGAGGAGAGGGUGAUGGAUGGGUUGCUGGUAAUAGCAAUGAACAAACACAGAGAAAUGUGCUCUGUCCAGUCCAGUGGAGGAAUCAUGCUUCUGAAGGAGCAAGUUCUAAGAUGCAGUAAAAUUGCCAGUGUCAAAGUAGCGGAGGUAACAGAACUAAUCAACAAAGCUCUGGAAAAUGAUAAGAAAGCCAGGUAUGUGUUUGAGUUUCUGUAAUAUUUAUCAAUAAUA